ACAAAAGCCCGGUCGCGUGUGUAGAAGAAGAGAGCUGAAGAACACCAGCAGCAGCAGCAGCAACAGGGCAGCGGCCGCCGGUCAAAUGGACUGGAUUAAGUUCGAUGUUUAUUUUGCUUUCUAUGGGCUUUCAGUCUGCGGCAAGAUUCUGGCUAGAAUGGAUACCUGGUCCCGGUACAGCUGGAUCGGCGGUCGUCGGAAGUCGGUUUAGUCCUCGCGGUGGCGAUCUCGUUCGAGCGCGCGCGAAUUCGGUUUACUGGUUGUGGGAUUUGGGGUCUAACAGUGAUCCUGGCAGUGAUACAAAUUACAAAAUCAUUAUGUGAUUUAUUGUGUGCGAAACCUCCUAGAAGAAUUUCAAGAUAAUUAAGUGCCAUGAUCGUGCCGCAUAGUUUGUCAAAUUUAUCGUAUUGGUGAUGUUUGUGCAUUUAGUUCAUAGAGAUAUAAGUCCCCGUCAGUUACGAAGUAACACGACACAAGUGCUUCCGCGAAGAAUUCCGCUCAAGAAGAAAUGGAUGUCUACCAGCUUGAUUCUCCCACCGAUGGGCUCAGCUCAAGCCUAGUGAAACUAGACGAAGGUCUCGCGGAUAUGAGUUUCGACGCCGGUUCGGAGUUUAACUUACACUUUUUUGACACCCCCGAGGAUUCCAAUACGCAAAGUGGGUUGAGUGAUCACGACGAAUCGGUCGAAUCGAGCUCGCGGGAAACUCCUCCGAGUCCUGGACAGCGUAAAGUGAGUUUGGCGCCUCCUUUACCGCCGCCACAGUUGGCCAUAGCAGUUGGGCAGGAUCCCAUCUCCAGUACGAUAGUGGUGACCAGCACUUCGGCGCCGAUGACGUUGGUCAAUCCGGCGACCUGUUUGGUGAUCAGCUCGUCGGAGAUGGCCAAAGUUUCUUCCAGUAGCUUUGAUCGGACGGAUGGAUCGCAGCGGAGCAGUGGGGGAUCCAGGCUAGAGCAGCAGUGUGCCGGUUCGGAUGCCAGCUCGACGACCUCCUCGAAAACGUUCGUGGCCUGCAAGGUGUGUGGCGAUAAGGCUUCCGGCUACCAUUACGGCGUUACAUCGUGCGAAGGCUGCAAAGGAUUCUUCCGGCGGAGCAUCCAGAAGCAGAUCGAGUACCGGUGCCUGCGGGAUGGCAAAUGUCUGGUGAUACGACUGAACCGAAACCGGUGCCAGUACUGUCGGUUCAAGAAGUGUCUCGCCGUUGGAAUGAGCCGGGAUUCUGUUCGCUAUGGACGCGUUCCGAAGAAAUCCCGCGAAGCCGGAAACUGUGCGGAAGACAUGAACGUUUGUGUAAACUCGACCACACCGACUCAGGUGUCGCAGUUGAGCAGCUGUGGCGGGACACCCACGCCGACAGCACCAGUGAUCAGUGCCAGCAAUAAUAUUAAUAAUAAUAAUAACGAUAAUUUAAACAAUAAUAACAACAACAACAAUAGUGUCAAUAAUAACAACAACAAUUCCGGUUUGGCCACCGGAAUCGCAGCCAUGACCAACUGUGCGGAGAUCAGCACAUCGACCGCGGUUGUAACGACCAUCCUGCCGGACUCGAUGACGUUCAGUCCGCCGGAACUGUCCAUCUACGAUAUCAUCCACUGCGUUGCGCAAGCACAUCGAGGCCAUUCCACGUACACCACCGAGCUGGUCAAGGAGCAGACCCGGAUAUCGCUCGUCAACUACAGCGAGAAGAAUAAUCUCAUCAUGCAGUCCCUGGACACAAUCGAGGACCAACGGAUAUGGCUGUGGCAGCAGUACGCCAUGCGGAUGACCCCUUCGGUGCAGCGGGUCGUCGAGUUUGCCAAGCGAGUUCCCGGCUUCGGAGAAUUUCUCCAAGAUGACCAGCUCAUUCUGAUCAAGCUGGGCUUCUUCGAGGUGUGGCUCAGUCACGUGGCCCGGGCGACCAACGAUUCUGCGCUGACCUUCGACGAUGGGGUGUACGUUACCCGGCAGCAGCUGGAAGUGAUAUAUGAUGUGGAUUACGCGAAUGCAUUGUUCAGCUUCACUAGCGGUUUGAACAAUUGCUGUUUGAGUGAUACCGAAAUAGGAUUGUACUCAGCGCUGAUUCUGAUGACCGACCGACCAGGACUGACAGAGACCAAGAUGGUUCUGAAGACGAGGGAAUGCAUUGCAGAGGCGCUGAGGGUACAAAUCACGAGGACCAGAUCGAAUGGGGUCAGUGCCCUGCAGAUAAUGCCAGCACUAGAGGCUAAGAUCCACGAGCUGCGGACGCUCGGGGAGAAACAUUUCGCACACCUAGAGUGGUUCCGACAGAACUGGAGUUCGAUCCGAUUGCCACCAUUGUUUGCGGAAAUUUUCGAUAUUCCUAAAUGCGAGGAAGAUUUGCAGUAGGUAAGAUGGAAGACAGGGUCUGAGAAGAGUUUGAACUUCCUCCAAACAUUGGCCAAUAGUUGUUUAAGGACAUUGUAACUGAUAUUUCAAUUAAGGAUCAUACCUAUAUCGAACGAAAGCAAGACUUGCCAAAUCUAUAUCAAUGUGAGUGUUGACGUGUAGCAAAGAUUGAAUCGGUGAAUGUUUAUCGAAACGGAAUUUAUUUUUGUUAGCUUCCAUUCCGCAAUCGUACCACAAUCUCGCGGAUUGUAGCAAAUAAGUCCACUUAUCGCAUCUUGUGGAUAGAGCAUCUAGCCUAGACUCAUUGUCAUUUACAAGCAUGCGGAAGUAAGCGUUAGAACGAUAAUAGGAAACAAAAAUAUCAUAAACUUUUACCCUACAUAUCAUUGAUAUCGAUGUGAAUUUGAAACCAGUAGAACUCAAACCGCAAUAGACGGUUCUUUUCCCUUAUCCAGAAACACGAUAAGCAAAACAAUGUGGUGCUUGCAUGUAGAUUGAUUCCUAUCAUUUAGAAGCAAAAAAAGCAACGCACAAUGGUUGGAAUCGACAAUUUAUCAGAAGAAAAAGUGAUCUGUUUUCGUUGAUUUUGGCCGUUUGAUGUCAUCAAGUAGUUGUUCUUAAUUGAGUUUUACAUCCUUUUUAAAAAUACGUUGGAUAGGAUAGUCCUUAUUUAAGUUUGAAUGGUGUUUGUUUGAAAAAAUAGUUGUUAUGAGUACUUCCGAAAAUUUUCAAAAAAAUAUUACAAAAUUGAUGACGCUUCCUUGUCAGCUCUAACGCAUCCAGAAGCGAGAAAAUUUUGUGUCCAUCUUGAAGCGAUUUUCUAAGCUCCAAAUUAAAAGCUUUAUCAAAGGUUUCUUAGAUAAAGUUUUCAAUAAAAUAUUUUAUAAAAUUUAAGUAAAGAACAAAAGCACAAAUUGCCUCAACCAAAAAGCUCGAGUGAAAAAUUAGGUUUAUCCUAUCCAACUUCCAUCUAAGAAGAUGCAAAACUCAAUUAAGAGCAACUUAUCAGAAGACUCAAUACGAAAAAACUUUUACCCUAAUAAAUUGUCGAUUCAAAACAUUGUACAACGGGCAUUUCUACUGUCGAAAGCUGAGUUUAUCCAAGGUCUUAAAAAAUAUCCGUACUAAAACAGCAAUACAGCGGAUGCAGUGGAGAUGCCCUUGUGAUCCCAUACUUAAUAUCUCUCUCGCACAACUUAACCACACAUGAACAUUAUCGAAGACAAAUAACUACGACAACUAAACUGUGAAUUCCUCUACAUUGUGAAUUGUAAACCACUGAUGUGAGAAAAUAAAACUAUACUGAGCUACUUUUUACUAGAACACUGUGUAGCCGAUAAGUUAUUCUAAUGUAGCGCGAAUAAAGCAACAUAUAAGUCUAAUUAGUUCAAAUUAUGAUACUUAAAAAGGGAAUCACAUAUUCCAUACAUUCACAUCACUCAUUGGACGGCGAAAACACUAAUCACACAUUAAAACUAAAAACAUAUGUUACGCAAAAUGCGAACAAUUGAAUGAACUGGUGCUGUAUCUUUAAUGCGAUAAUUUUAAGGUGAUUUUUAAUGGUAAACCCAAUUACUCGAAUGUGGUAAUUGUGAGCAAUGGAAUCCUACGAUAGCAGAGCUGUUAUGUACUUACUAUUUUUGCGUAACUGUUCGCGUUCAAACGACUUCGUUUUAUGUUUAGACAAUCGUGCGCAGUUAGUUUUUUUUUACCUGUACAUCUUUCGCACAAACGCAUAUCUGUCCCAUCGCAUAAAAGACGCAUAUAUUUUUACGUGUAAAAGCAUUAAUAUAUUACUUGCAUUGAAACAAUGGAAGACAUCCCUAGGAGCAGAUGAAUACUAUUUAUAUAUUGUUAUUUACGUGUAGAUCAUUUACGAUGGAAACGAUCGCGCCUGCUGUAGUAAUUUUAUUGUUGCUUGAUUCUGUAUUUUACUUAGUAAAAUUGAGAUAGACUACGUAAGUAGGAAACAGUGAGAGUAAGAGAAGGAGUGAGGUAGAGCAAUGGAAAAAGGAAAUUUUAAACCGUAAAACGAGAUUUGAAUCUCUGAAACUGAUUAGAUAAGCCAUUUCGCAAGAUUGUUUUUUAUUUACUUGUUUUUCGCAACUAUUUGUGCUAUGAGGAUCUGAAGACUUUUUAUUACUGGUAAUAACGAAAACUGUCAUAUACUACUGGAAAGGAAGUGAGACGAAUAAACAAUUCAAUUAGACUUAA